AUGAGUUCUGAGUUACUUGCCAGUGCUGUUUUAUACAGCGAAAUAUCGAAACGAAAUCCUGGCCUUGUUGCACAAAUGUUCAACGAAGCAAAACGAAAGCAACUUGACGAAUUUUUGAAAUCUCAAGAUGCACCAAAGUUAGAAGAAAUUGUUGAUGCCAGUCAGUUUAAACGUAAAAGAACUGCUUCGGCUUCUUCAAACGCACCUCCAGCGAAGAAAGCUGCUAAAAAGGAAUCAUCGUCUUCAGACUCAGACUCUUCUGACGGAAAUGUGAAGGUUAAUGGAGUACAAAAGCCGGUAAACGUGCAGGCAAACAAACUCCAAAUAAAUGGAAAGAAAAAAGCCCGAUCCAGUAGCAGUGAUUCGUCAGAUAGUGAUGCUCCCAAAAAGAAGCUAACGCCAGCGACCAAACCACCACAGACAUCUGCUCAAAAGAAGGCUGCUAGCAGCGAAGAUAGCGAUUCGGAAGACGAUAAAAAAGCUGCUGCUGCUACUCCUAAUGCCAAGAAAGCGGCUCUUCUGAAGAAAAAAACCGAAUCCUCUGAUUCAUCGGAUUCUUCUGACGAUAAUAAAACUAAGAAACCAACUCAGAAGGCUACUCCAAAGGUUGCAACAAAGAAAGCAUCAUCUUCUGAUUCUUCGGAUUCGUCGGAUGAUGAAAAAACUAAGAAAUUGGCAGCUAAACCAGCCGUUACCCCAAAAACCGUGGCCAAAAAGGCGGAGUCUUCCUCUUCUGAUGACUCUUCCGAGGAUGACAAAAAGAAAGCUGCUCCAGCGAAGCCUGUUGCGAAAGUAACUCCGGCUUCUAAAAAGAAGCAGGAGAGCUCAAGUUCGUCGGAUUCAUCGGAUGACGAAAAGAAACAAACUGCCAAGGCGAAAACCGCAACUCCUGCAACGAAGCCAUCGGUUACUAAAAAGGUUGAGAGUAGCAUCUCUGACUCGUCGGAUGAUGAUACGCCGGUUAAAUCAGCGCCAAAAGUUACUCCUGCGAAAACUGCCGCGAAAAAACCAGAAACUAGUGAUUCCGAUUCCGACAGCGAUAGCGAAGCUGACAAGUCAAUGAAAGUUAUAACUCCUGCUGCUAAAGCCACUCCUAAACCAUCUGCCAAAAAACAAGAGUCAUCGUCUUCGGAUGAUUCUUCAGAUGAUGAAAAGAAACCAGCUGCCAAAACGCCAGUAAAGCUAACACCAAAGGUUACACCCACUGCUAAGAGACCAGCGGAGUCUUCUGAUUCUUCGGAUUCGUCGGAUGAUGAAAAAACUAAGAAAUUGGCAGCUAAACCAGCCGUUACCCCAAAAACCGUGGCCAAAAAGGCGGAGUCUUCCUCUUCCGAUGACUCUUCCGAGGAUGACAAAAAGAAAGCUGCUCCAACCAAGCCUGUUACGAAGGUAACUCCGGCUUCUAAAAAGAAGCAGGAGAGCUCAAGUUCGUCGGAUUCAUCGGAUGACGAAAAGAAACAAGCUGCCAAGGUGAAAACCGCAACUCCUGCAACGAAGCCGUCGGUUACUAAAAAGGUUGAGAGUAGCAGCUCUGACUCGUCGGAUGAUGAUACGCCGGUUAAAGCAGCACCAAAAGUUACUCCUGCGAAGCCUGUCGCGAAAAAACCAGAAACUAGUGAUUCCGACAGCGAUAGCGAAGAUGGCAAGUCAAAAAAAGUUGUAACUCCUGCUGCUAAAGCCACGCCAAAACCUUCUGCCAAAAAACAAGAGUCAUCGUCUUCGGAUGAUUCUUCAGAUGAUGAGAAGAAACCAGCCGCCAAAACGCCAGCAAAGCAGACACCAAAGGCCACACCAACGGCUAAGAGACCAGCCGAAUCUUCUUCCGAUUCCGAUUCCACGGAUGAUGAAAAGAAACCGACCGCGAAAGUUCCAAUUGCUAAAAUUUCUCCAGCGAAAACGCAAGCGAAAAAAACCCAAUCAUCUUCGGAUUCGGAUUCUUCUGAUAAUGAUUCUAAGAAGAAGCCGGUCGUUAAGGCGCCAACAACACCGGUGAAGCCUGUUACAAAGAAACCAGCUUCUUCUUCCUCGUCCGAUUCUGAUUCCGAUGAUGCUGCUACGAAGAAGCCUGCACCCAAAACGCCAGCUUCUGCCAAACCAACUCCGGCGAAGCCUGUUACGAAGAAACCAGCCUCUUCCUCCUCGUCCGAUUCUGAUGCCGAUGAUGCUGCCACAAAGAAGCCUGCUCCGAAAACUCCAGCUUCUGCCAAACCAAUACCGGCUAAGCCUGUUACGAAGAAACCAGCCUCUUCCUCCUCGUCCGAUUCUGAUUCCGAUGAUGCUGCCACGAAGAAGGCUGCUCCGAAAACUCCAGCUUCUGCCAAACCAACACCGGCUAAGCCUGUUACGAAGAAACCAGCCUCUUCCUCCUCGUCCGAUUCUGAUUCCGAUGAUGCUGCCACAAAGAAGCCUGCUCCGAAAACUCCAGCUUCUGCCAAACCAACACCGGCUAAGCCUGUUACGAAGAAACCAGCCUCUUCCUCCUCGUCCGAUUCUGAUUCCGAUGAUGCUUCCACAAAGAAGCCUGCUCCGAAAACUCCAGCUUCUGCCAAACCAACACCGGCUAAGCCUGUUACGAAGAAACCAGCCUCUUCCUCCUCGUCCGAUUCUGAUUCCGAUGAUGCUGCCACAAAGAAGCCUGCUCCGAAAACUCCAGCUUCUGCCAAACCAAUACCGGCUAAGCCUGUUACGAAGAAACCAGCCUCUUCCUCCUCGUCCGAUUCUGAUUCCGAUGAUGCUGCCACAAAGAAGCCUGCUCCGAAAACUCCAGCUUCUGCCAAACCAACACCGGCUAAGCCUGUUACGAAGAAACCAGCCUCUUCCUCCUCGUCCGAUUCUGAUUCCGAUGAUGCUGCCACGAAGAAGGCUGCUCCGAAAACUCCAGCUUCUGCCAAACCAACACCGGCGAAGCCAGUUACUAAAAAACCAGCCCCUUCCUCCUCGUCCGAUUCUGAUUCCGAUGAUGCUGCCACGAAGAAAGCUGCUCCGAAAACUCCAGCUUCUGCCAAACCAACUCCGGCAAAGUCAGUUACUAAAAAGCCAGCCUCUUCUUCCUCGUCCGAUUCUGAUUCCGAUGAUGCUACUACGAAGAAGCCUGCCCCCAAAACGCCAGCUUCGGCUAAAGCAGCUCCAGCCAAGAAAUCUUCACCAGAUGCUGACUCUUCUAAUGAUUCCAAUAAGAAAAAACCCGCCCCGACUACUCCUGCAUCGGUCAAGUCAACUCCUGCAAACGACAAGAACGGAAGAAGGAAGUCGGAGCCGUAUCGCCGUGUUCAAAUCAACAAGGAGGUCGUUCCUGAGAAGUUCAGAGAUAAUUCGUUCGAUGCAACUUUCGACCAAUGGGGAAAAGUCGCCAAUGAUAAGCUGAAGUUGGUCGUCGGAAAACGGUUUAGACACGAGAAGACCAAGAAGAAGAAGGGAAGCUAUGGUGGCGGACCUAUCAACCAGAGCGUAAAUUCGAUUAAAUUCGAUGAUUCGGAUUAA